CUGCUGUUCAGCCGCGGGGACGUCCUGCCGGCCAAGACCAUCCCCAACUGGGAGCGGGCGCCCUGGCUGGAGCAGAUCUACUUCAGGGACGCGCUGCAGGACACGGCCACCCCCCGGCUCAUCACCACCCACCUGCCUGCCCGCAUCCUGGCCCCCGCCCUGCAGCAGAGCAAGGCCAAGGUGAUCUACGUGGCCAGGAACCCCAAGGACGUCGUCGUCUCCUUCUACCACUUCCACCGCCUGGCCAAGUUCCUGCCCAACCCCGGCUCCUUCGACACCUUCCUCACGCAGUUCCUAGAGGGCACGGUGCACUACGGCUCCUGGUUUGACCACAUCAAGGGCUGGCUGGGCCAGCGACAGCUCCUGGACAUCUUCUACGUCACCUACGAGGAGCUGCACCAGGACCUGCGCGCCACGGCGCAGCGGCUCAGCGCCUUCCUGGGCUGCCCGCUGGCGAAUGGUGCGCAGCACUUGGUGUGCUGCACGUGGCAGGAGCGCGGCAUGGCGCCCGUGCUGUGGUAG